AUGACUAUUGAUAAUUCAAAUAUACCAACAACAAAUGAAGUUAAUUUAACAAAAGAUAUAAAUACAGGUGAAAAAUUCCUUAAUCAAUAUAAAUUAUUAUCAAAAUUAGGUAAUGGUCAUAAUGGUAAAGUUUACUUAGGUUUAAAUAUUGAAAAUGAUAAAUAUUAUGCUAUAAAGGAAAUUUCAAAAAUUUCAAAAGUUACAAUAUUAAAUAAAAAUCCAAAUAAUCAAAUUAAAAAAAUUAAUAAUGAAAUAAAUAUAAUGAAAUUAAUUAUUAAACAUCCCAAAAUUAUGAAAUUAUAUGAAAUUUUAAAUGAUGAUAAAUUUAAUAAAAUUUUCCUUAUAUUAGAAUAUUGUUCCAAGGGUGAAUUAAAAUUUGGUAUAAAUCAUAAAUAUUCAAUUAAUUCAAUUAAAGAUAUAAUGAGAGAUAUUGUUCUUGGUUUAGAAUAUUUAAAUGGGAUAGGUAUAAUACAUCGUGAUAUAAAACCUUCAAAUUUAUUAAUAAAUCAUGAUAAUUUUAUUAAAAUUAGUGAUUUUGGUAUAAGUUUAAAUAAAUUUCAAAUUAAUGACACUAGUGACUUGAAAUCAAAUGAAAAUUUUGGUACUCCAGCUUUUUCACCACCAGAAUUAUGUAAUGGUUCAAAUUUUAAUAAAAUUGAUUCAAAAUGUGAUAUUUGGUCCUUAGGGAUUACAAUUUAUUGUCUUUAUUAUCAAAAAUUACCAUUUAAUGGGAAUAAUGAAUAUGAAUUAUUUAAUGAAAUUAUUAAUAAUGAUUUGAAAUUUCCGGAAAAUAGUGAUCCUGAAUCUCUUGUGUUGAAUGAUUUAUUAUUAAAAAUGUUGAACAAAAAUCCUGGCAAGAGAUAUUCAAUUCAUGAUGUUAAAUCUCAUGAAUUUUUAAAUUCAAAUUUAGAUCAUGAAUCUAAACUGCAAUUUAUGAAAUUUAAUGAAUAUUAUCUAUUUAAAAGAGAAUCAAAUGUUUCAAAUUUUGCAAAAUCUUCAUCAAAAAAUUCUUCAUCAAAUACAACUUUAAAUAAAUUUAAAUCAAUAUUUACAAGAAAAUCUUCAAUUUCCAAAAAUAACAAUAAUACAUCAUCAACAAGUUCAUUACCUGUUGAUAAUACAGUAGAAAAAGAAGUCCCAAUUCAAUUACAACCUCAUCAUCAACAGCCUACAACUUCUUCAAACUUACAAACAUCAUCAAAUUCAGUACCUAAUUCAUCAACAUCAACAAAAGAAUCUUCAACACCAUUCCCACCAUCAAUAAAUCAACCAACAAAAACAAACCCAUUUUUAUUAACAAGACCACCAAUAAAAUCUUCAAAUUCUCAAAUUGCAUCAUCAACAAAUUCAUUAAAUUUAAAUUCUUUAUUAAAAUCUAAAAAAGAUGUCCCGAAUUAUUUAGAUGAUUCUACAUUUUUUCAAAGUGUUGAUAGUGAUUAUUCAAGUGAAGAUUCUGAAAGUAAUGAUGAUGAUGAUGAUAAAUUAAUUUAUAAUGAUGUUGAAGAUACUUUAAGUAUAAGAAUUGGUCCAAAAAGACAAGCUAGUUCUUUACAAGUUAAAAGUGUUAAUGAAUAUUUAGGUCUGUGA